AUGGCUCUUGGAAAUGAGAUGGGGGAACUCAGGUGGAGGUUGCUGAGGCUCCUGGGCGGGGGUCCCCCUGCCCGAUUCCCCCAGGCCGGUGCUGCUGCCUUAGGCCUUCUGGAUGCAGGUUUCGUUCAGGCGGAUUUACAACCUGGGGAUUUGUGGAGACGGAUCUCAAACACCAGCUGGCAAAAAAGAUGGGGCGCUCCAGAAGUCACCUACCCAGCCAGGCUUGUGCAGCACAGUUCUGGGGGAGAGGUCCAGAAGCAUCAGUUGGACACGAGGGUGCGAAAAGAACCUGGCAGCAGAGGAGGAAGAGGCGGAAAAGGAGAAAAUCCUGUUAUACACUUGGCCCAAGUGACUUUCCUCAUCCAUGCCUUUGGAUCUGCCUUCACCUUGGAUCUUGAACUCAACCACCACCUGCUGUCCUCGCAAUAUGUAGAGCGCCACUUUGGAGAAGACAGAAACGUCAGCUGUACUACGGGAGCCGGUGAACACUGCUACUAUCAGGGGCGUCUCCGUGGGGAGGCUGACUCUUUCGCUGCCCUGUCCAGCUGCCACGGCCUGCGUGGUGUUUUCUCCGAUGGAAAAGCAGCGUACCUUCUGGAGCCUCAUGAUUCACUUGAGCACCUGGAGGGGCCGCUUCCUCACUCGAUCCACCAGGCACCAAUACCUCGCACUGCCCAGGGCUGCACCAAACCAGGGUGUUUAUUUGCUGCACUGAACUCCUACAUUCCUUCCAGGCUGCCUAAACUGCGGCGUCGAAGGCAGGUUUAUCGAGGUCAACGAACGGUUCAUAGCGAGACCAAAUUCAUUGAACUCAUCGUGGUGAAUGACCAUCGGCUGUUCGAGCAGCAGCGCCGCUCUGUUGCCCUUACCGGCAACUUUGCAAAGUCUGUGGUGAACUUUGCUGAUGUGAUCUUUAAGGAGCAGCUGAAUACACGAAUCGUGUUAGUUGCUAUGGAGACGUGGGCAUCAGGGGACAAGAUCCAAGAAGACGAGGAUGCCUUGGAGACACUGAAUGAGUUCAUGAAGUAUCGCCAGGAAGCUCUUCCCGAACACAGUGAUGCUGUGCAUCUCUUCUCUGGGCACACCUUCAGAAGCAGCAGCAGUGGCACCGCUUACAUUGGGGGGAUCUGCUCAGUCACCCGGGGUGGAGGUGUUAACGAGUAUGGCAAUGUGGGAGCAAUGGCUGUAACGUUAGCCCAGACUCUGGGGCAGAACAUUGGGAUGAUGUGGAACAAGCAUCGUGCCUCUGCAGGGGACUGUCGCUGUCCUGACUCAUGGCUGGGAUGUAUUAUGGAGGACACUGGGUAUCACCUGCCCCGGAAGUUCUCACGCUGCAGUAUCGACGAAUACAAUCAGUUCCUGGAGGAAGGUGGAGGCAGCUGCCUCUUCAACAAGCCCUUGAAGCUUCUUGACCCCUCUGAGUGUGGCAACGGAUUUGUGGAGGCAGGAGAAGAAUGUGACUGUGGGUCUUUGGCGGAGUGCUCCAAGAGUGGGGGGAACUGCUGCAAGAAAUGUACGCUGACACAUGAUGCCAUGUGCAGUGACGGCUUGUGCUGCCGUGGGUGCAAGUACGAGCCGCGGGGCAUCAUCUGCCGAGAAGCUGUGAAGGAGUGCGACAUUCCUGAAACCUGCACAGGGGACUCCAGCCAGUGUCCACCGAAUCUGCACAAACAGGAUGGUUAUUUUUGUGACAAUGAGCAGGGACGGUGUUACAGUGGGCGCUGUAAGACCAGGGACCGCCAGUGCAAUGCAUUGUGGGGACAUGCAUCAGCAGAACGGUUUUGCUAUGAGAAGCUGAAUGUGGAAGGCACAGAGAGAGGUAACUGUGGGCGUGAGGGAAACCGCUGGGUGCCGUGCAUCAAACAGGACGUGUUGUGUGGAUAUCUACUCUGUGCCAACGUGACAGGAUCGCCACGUGUCGGUGAACUUCUUGGCGAAAUCACCACCAUGACUUUCUACCACCAGAAGCGGUACAUUGACUGCAGAGGUGGCCACGUGCAACUUGUGGAUGGCACCGACCUCAGCUACGUGGAAGAUGGGACGCCCUGUGGGCCCAGCAUGCUGUGUCUUGAUCACAAAUGCCUUCACGUGUCCGCCUUUAACUUCAGCUCCUGCCCGGGCAGCUGGGGUGGCCAGAGCUGCUCUGAUCAUGGGGUCUGCAGCAACGAGGGCCAGUGCAUCUGCUAUCCUUACUGGACAGGCAAAGACUGCAGUGUUCACGACCCCACCCCCGAGCCGAAGACCACAGGGGAGACUGAGAAGUACAAAGGUCCCAGUGGAACCAACAUAAUUAUCGGCUCUAUUGCAGGAGCCAUCCUGGUCGCUGCUAUUGUCCUCGGUGGCACCGGAUGGGGCUUUAAGAACAUUCGCAGAGGAAGGUCGGGAGGGGCUUAGCCCCAAAUCCUUACACUGACCUUUGUGCUGCUGGGUCUGUAUUCUCUCCGUGGGGUGGGGAGGAAGGUAAAUGUGCCUUUCUUGCCUCUUCCUGGUCAACAAAUAAUCAACUAGCCACCAAGUCUUCCAUUGCCUCCUGGAUGGACAUGCGCAGC